UCGAUUUGAGCAAUAGUGUAUCUGUCGCUCGGUCUCUUUUAACAGCAAGUGUUUGCUUUCGCAGCCUUGGAGGACUGAUCAUUGCUGGGGGAGGGAGGCACAGCAACAACAACAAUCAGUAACAAGGCAGCCAGUCCAGAAAGUGGAGUACAGGUCUCAUGGUGUGACUGAAGAGAUCCUUGCAUUGCUGUCACUGUGAGCACAUUUACAUGGUUAGAAACUCACACUCGUCUCACCUGAAUGUCUGCCUAUAAGAGGACCACGUUUGAGGAGGAUGACCUUGUGGACUCUCCCAUAGAUGACGUGUAUCCUAACGGGAUGCAGGUAAGUUUUGGUGGCCCGAGCCGCAGUCGGAGAUGCUGGUCAGACCGGACGCACGUUGAGAAGAAGCUGCUAGUAAUCGUGGGAGUGCUGUCUGUCUGUCUGCUGUCCUGUAUAUUCGUUCUGGGCCUGCGCUACAGGAAUGCUCAACCCCAACUCUGCCUGUCUGAGUCCUGUAUCAAGGUUGCUAGCUCUAUCCUGGGCUCUCUGGACCGCACUGUGGACCCCUGCCAAGACUUUUACUCCUUUGCCUGCGGGGGCUGGGCGCAGGCCAACCCCCUGCCCGAUGGCCACUCCCGCUGGGGCACCUUCAACAACCUGUGGGAGCACAACCAAGCCAUCAUAAAACACCUGCUCGAGAACACCACCAUGAACGGGACGAGCGAGGCAGAGCGCAAAGCACAGAGGUACUUCCAGUCCUGUAUGAACGAGCAGAAGAUAGAGGAGCUGGGAGCACAACCACUCAAAGACCUGAUCAACCAGACUGGGGGCUGGAAUGUGACUGGUCGCUGGGAUAAAGAUAACUUCCAGGAGGUGCUGCGCAUCGUCUCUGCGCAAUACCGCACCUCGCCCUUCUUCUCUGUGUACGUCAGCACAGACGCCAAGAACUCCAACAGCAACGUCAUCCAGGUAGACCAGUCGGGCCUGGGAUUGCCCUCUAGAGAUUACUACCUCAACAAGACUGUCAAUGAGAAGAUACUGACGGCCUACCUGAACUUCAUGGUGGAGCUGGGCGUGCUCCUGGGGGGAGAGGAGGCCUCGACACGGGAGCAGAUGCAGCAGGUCCUGGACUUGGAGACAACCCUCGCCAACAUCACCAUUCCUCAGGAGGAGCGCAGAGAUGAGGAGCUCAUCUACCACAAAGUCAAGGCCAGAGAGCUGCAGGCUCUGGCCCCGGCAGUAGACUGGAUGCCCUUCCUCUCGGCUGUGUUUGCCCCUGUGCAGCUGAACGAUUCGGAGCCGGUGGUCGUUUACGCACCAGAGUACCUGCAGAGAGUCUCGGAUCUCAUCAACACCACCGACAAGAGCAUCCUCAAUAACUACAUGAUCCUGAAUGUUGUGCGCAAGACUGCCUCCAGCCUGGACCACAGAUUUCAGGACGCAGAGGAGAAGUUUCUUGAGGUCAUGUAUGGGAUGAAGAAGAGCUGCACCCCCCGGUGGAAGCUGUGUGUUAGUGACACGGACAGCGCCCUGGGAUUCGCACUGGGAGCCAUGUUUGUGAAGGCCACCUUCGCAGAAGACAGCAAGAAGAUUGCUGAAGAGAUGAUUACUCAAAUUAAAACAGCCUUCGAAGACAGUCUGCAGUACGUGGGCUGGAUGGAUGUGGAGACCAGGAAAGCUGCUAAGGAAAAGGCCGAUGCAAUCUACAAUAUGAUUGGGUACCCCAAAUUCAUCAUGGAUUCCAAGGAGCUGGAUAAAGUGUUUAAUGACUACACAGUGGUGUCAGAGCUUUACUUCCAGAACGUGAUGCAGUACUACAACUUCUCUGCGCGGGUGACUGCUGACCAGCUGAGGAAAGCGCCCAACCGUGAACAGUGGAGUAUGACCCCUGCAACGGUCAACGCCUACUACUCCCCCACCAAGAAUGAGAUGGUCUUCCCUGCCGGGAUCCUGCAAGCCCCCUUCUACACCAGGACUUGGCCCAAGGCGCUCAAUUUUGGUGGGAUCGGAGUUGUCAUGGGGCACGAACUGACCCACGCUUUUGAUGAUCAAGGCCGCGAGUAUGACAAGGAGGGGAACCUGCGACCCUGGUGGAACAACGCGUCCAUCGAGGCUUUCAAGAAGCAGACAGAGUGCAUGGUGGAGCAGUACGGGAACUACAGCAUCAACCGCGAGGCUAUGAACGGAAAGCACACCCUGGGAGAGAACAUUGCCGACAACGGGGGGCUCAAGGCUGCCUACAAGGCCUAUGAGAGCUGGACCAGGAAGCAUGGGGAGGAAGAGGAGCUUCCAUCGCUGGGGUUGACCAAUCAGCAGCUGUUCUUUGUUGGUUUUGCACAGGUGUGGUGCUCCGUUCGUACUCCAGAAAGUUCCCACGAGGGCAUGAUAACGGACCCCCACAGCCCGUCGCGUUUCCGAGUCAUUGGCACAGUGUCUAAUUCUCAGGAAUUCUCUAAGCACUUCCACUGUCCAGCUGGCUCACCCAUGAACCCUGCCAGGAAGUGUGAGCUCUGGUGAGCCUACCCUCACCCCUCACCUCCUCCCACUCCACUCUCCUCUUCCUGGACCAGCACAGAAAGCCACGGGCUGGAUUCCAUACAAGGAGGCGUUGGAUCCUUGCCUUUCCAGGACUGCAGACAAUCUUCAGAACCACUAUGACCUUAUCCGUUCAGGUGUCAUUCGGCAGUUUUUUCAAUAGCCAAAAUAAUAUAUAUAUAUUUUUUUUGAACUAUGUUAACAUUUUUGACAAACCAAUUCUCUAAAUGAAAAAGAGAAGAAAAAAAAAACCACUGGAUA